AUGGGUGCCGGACUAGGCUUGCACGGCGUCAACUUGCCAUCCCAGUAUGAGAUUCGGCGAAUACAACCCGAACAUGAGGAUUGGUGCCGCGCAUUGAUGCUUCAGGGAAUGCUGCUCCGCGCCCCGGUCUGGCGACCCAUCAUCAGUGAGCCGAAAGUGAAAACCAUCCUUGAAUCUUUCCAGCUCCUAGAGUCGUACUACACAUUUCACUUCAGAAACGGUCUCUCCUACGCGCUGUACGAUACCGAGUACAAAUUCAAACGUCCAGAAUCAGUGAAGACGGGAGGCGCACUGUACUGGGACGAAAUCGACAUCGGGGACCCGGAGUUGGAGGAGAAGGGCGAGCAGCUCAUGCUCGAGAAGAUGGACUUCCCGAUCGUUGCGCUAGCACUAUCGUAUGACAUGUUCGAGCCGCCACCCAGGGAAGCCUUUGGCACGAUGGCGACCGUGGCGCCGCUCUGGGGCGCGAUGAUAGCUCAGUACGGUGAAGCAACAAAUGGCAUUGGAGAUUUUCCAAAACCGACGUCGUCUGGGCAAUACGCUCACCGGUCCGGCUGCGUGACGCGGGCGGACUAUGAAGGACAAAACCUUGGCAGGUUGUUCACGUGGUGGGUCAUGUUGGAGAUGUCAUCGAGAGGGUACCAGGGACUCGCAGUGGGAGCUGGCAACUCGGCAAUAAGCCGGAUCUGGUUACACCCUGACGUGCCAUUCCUCAGCAAGAUUCUCAUGACGAACGAUAUGGGUCAGAUAGAAAUCGAGAUGAACGGAGAAAAGGUCUUACCGUUCAGGGAGGUCGGGUUCCAAUUCAAUUAUUUGCUCUGCGACUUGACAGACAGAAGGACUAGAUCUCUUCCAAAGGAUCCCUUCAAAACUAUCGCCACAGGAAAAUAG